GUCAUCGUGUUGAUUAUGUCAUCGAUGCUAUUUGCUAUAUGUGUUAAUGUGUGCUAGUAGUCCCUACAUGGGAACAUGUAAUCAGAGCAGUAUAAUACUACAUGGUGUGUGUGUGUGUGUGUGUAACCAAAACCAAGAGAAACACUCACUCACUCCACCUGACUACUAAAAAGGGAUCACAUCACAGGUAGCAAGCAAAGAGAGAUCCAGUCCAGCCAGUCACCUGCGCCUGCACACGUUGCUCCCAAAUUGCAGAGGACAUCUCGCCAACGCCAGCAGCAGCAGCAAGCAAGCUCAGGAUGCGAGCCGGCGGCUGCGCGGUGCAGCAGGCGCUGGCGGCGGAGGCGGCGGCCGUGGUGCGGCAGGCCGUGGCCCUGGCCCGGAGGCGCGGCCACGCGCAGGUGACACCGCUCCACGUCGCCAGCGCCAUGCUCUCGGCGGCGGGGCUCCUCCGCGCCGCCUGCCUCCGCUCCCACUCCCACCCGCUGCAGUGCAAGGCGCUCGAGCUCUGCUUCAACGUCGCGCUCAACCGCCUCCCCACCGCAGGCCCCGCCGCCGCCGCCGUCAUGUUCCACCCCCACCAUCACCACCACCACGCCGGGCACGGGCAGCAGCACGCCGUGCCCGUGCUGUCCAACGCGCUCGUCGCCGCGUUCAAGCGCGCGCAGGCGCACCAGCGCCGUGGCGUCGUGGAAGGAGUGCAGGGACAGGGACAGGGACAGGCACCCGCGCAGCCGCCGCCGCAGCCGGUGCUCGCCGCCAAGGUCGACAUCGAGCAGCUCAUCAUCUCCAUCCUCGACGACCCUAGCGUGAGCCGCGUCAUGCGCGAGGCCGGCUUCUCCAGCUCCCAGGUCAAGGCCAACGUCGAGAAGGCCGUCUCGCUCUCGUCGUCGUCGUCGUUACCCGACCAUCAACCGAACACGACGAUACCACCCAGCGGCGCCCACGCGACGGGCUCUCCUGCAGCAGGCGGCUCCGGUCACGCGAGCAGCAGGCGCCCCAACGCCGGCGGCAACAAGGCCGACGACGACGACGCCAUGCGCGUGCUCGACUGCAUGGCGAGCGGGACCAAGCGGUGCGUGGUGGUCGUCGGCGAGAGCGCGGCCACCGCGGAGGUGGUGGUGAAGUCGGUGAUGGACAGGGUCAGCAAAGGGGAGCUCCAGCAGCGGCACGAGCGGCUCAAGAACGUCCAGUUCGUGCCCCUCUCGGCCGCGUCCUUCCAGCGGAUGCCGAGGGAGGAGGUGGAGGCCAAGGCCGGCGACCUGCGCGCGCUCGUUCGACAGGGCUGCGCCGCCGGGAAGGGCGUCGUGCUCGUCCUCGAGGACCUCGCGUUCGCCGCCGACGCCUGGGCCGCCGUGUCGGAGAGGAGAAGGCACGGCAGUGUUGGUCGUGAACACGGUCAGUGCGGCUACUGCCCCGUCGAGCACGCCGUCAUGGAAGUGGGCAGCUUGGUGUCCGCCGCCGCCGGUGGCGGUGGCGGUGGCAGAGGCCUCGACAGGUUCUGGCUGCUAGGGUUCGGGAACAACCAGGCUUACAUGAAGUCCAGAGCAGGGCAGCCAUCUCUUGAGGCCGUCUGGGAGCUGCACCCCGUCGUCGUGCCGGACGGCGGCCUCUCGUUGAGCCUCACCUGCAACAGUGACGCUGAACAAGCUAAUCAAGAUAGAGCAACAAGGCCUUGGCCCUCCUUCGUUAACGGCACUGCUAGCGGCGAGAGUGAGCUCAUCACUUCCUCCACCAAAGUGGCGGCGACAACUCCGAGUGUGCCGCCAUGGUUUCGGGGGUACCAAGUUCAAGAUAUGACAAGACCAGCAAGCCGCAGCGCCAGUUUUCAGUUGCAAGAUUGGAACCACAAUUUUAAUGGAUCACCAGCAUACCACACGUCGGAGCUCACACUGAGCUUCUCCUCACAGGCUACUAACUCUCCAGACGCUUCUUCCAUCUCCAGCUCCUUUGCCCCAAGCUUCAGUGCUGCCAGCUUGAUGAUGAGCUCCGAGCCAUGGCAAUUCAAGGUGAUGCAACCUUGCCCAAACUAUCGACGUGAUGAUCCAAACGCAUUGGUCAGGACCUAUGAUCAUCAACAAUUGCAUGGAAGGCCUAGUCCAGAAAAAUCCUACUCGGUGUCCAACUCAUCUGAAGGUGCCCCAGCUGAGUCGCCAAAGUUCACGGAGCUCACCGCUGAGAAUCUCAAGAUCCUCUGCAACGCGCUUGAGAAUCGGGCUCCACAUCACAAGGACGUGGCUACAGAGAUUGCAAGUGUUGUGCUCCAGUGCCGCUCGGGCAUGACAAGGAGGAGGUGGUGGUUCCAAGAGAAGCCAAGUGCAGUGACAUGGUUGCUCUUCCAAGGAGGUGGCAAUGAUGGCAAGAAAGCAGUGUGUCAGGAGCUUGCAAGGCUUGUCUUUGGCUCCUACAGCAAGUUCACCUCCAUCUCACUAGCUGAUGAUGAGUUCACUCAUCAUGUUCACUCCGAUUCCAGCUCCGGCGAGCCCAUGUUGAAGAGGCAAAGAUCACUGGACACUGGGCAUGGCUACAUUCAGAGAUUGUACGAUGCGAUACUCAAAAGCCCUCAUCGGGUGAUAAUGAUCGACGGUGUUGAGCAACUGGACUAUGAGUCGGAGAUCGGCAUCAGGAAUGCAAUCACAAAUGGAAGAAUUAGGGGUUGCAAUGGUGAUGAGAUCAGUUUGGGGGAUGCCAUCAUUGUAUUGAGUUGUGAAGCACUCGAUUCAAUGUCUAACGCUUCCUCUCCUCGGCUCAAGCAAAGGGUCAUCAAUAAGAAUGGAAAGGAAGGAAAUGGCAUGAACAUAGAGAAUGGGAUGGAGUCAUCUGGUUUUACCUUGGAUUUGAAUGCAUGCGCCGAGGAUAGUGAAGGGAAUGAAGAGAGUGUUUCAGAUAAUGCGAGGAUCAUUAAUAUUGUGGAUGGUGUGUUCUUCUUCCAAUUAAUGGAGCACUCAUGACAUUGUAUUGCUUCAUUUUUAGUAUAUCAACAAAUUAGCCUAGAGUUCUUAAAUUAACUACUUAGUUUUCUUUGUAUUUCUCCUUAAUUUGUCCUAGAUUUGUAGCUGAUCCUUAUAUUUAUUAGCCAUUUGUGUUAUGUAUAGUUCAUUAUGUGUUCGGGCAUCCGGCAACAAACUUUAUUUGUGGAAAAUCAAGAGCUAGAAAAGAAAGGGAGGGUGUUUAGUGGAAA